GAGACGUGUGAUUGGUUAUUGCUAGGGGACAGACAGCUUCAGAGCAGCCUCUACACAUCCUCGAUACAGGGCGAUAAAACUCGUAAUGUCCACAGUUUAUCACAGUUCUGUCUUAUCAAACAACUUUAUUUAAGUAUCCAAAUGUGGAUAAACCAGAGGAGACGACGCCUUCUGUGCGCUAACAUUUACAACAUAUAAUGUAGCCCCCUGUUCCUCCUCAGGUGUGGCAGACGAGUCUGAGAAGACCACUGGCUACAGCUUCUUAGUUUUUUUUUCCUGACAUCAAGACACUUCAAACUGACUGAAAUGGAUGAACAAAGUGUUGAGAGCAUCGCUGAGGUGUUUCGCUGCUUCAUCUGCAUGGAGAAACUGAGAGAUGCUCGUCUCUGCCCACAUUGCUCCAAACUGUGCUGCUUCAGCUGCAUACGACGAUGGUUGACAGAGCAGAGAGCCCAGUGUCCUCACUGUCGUGCUCCGCUCCAGCUGAGGGAGCUGGUCAACUGUCGCUGGGCAGAGGAGGUCACCCAGCAGCUGGACACCCUGCAGCUCUGCAACCUCACCAAGCAUGAAGACAAUGACAAGGACAGAUGUGACAACCACCACGAAAAGCUUAGUGUCUUCUGCUGGACCUGUAAGAAAUGCAUCUGUCACCAGUGUGCCCUGUGGGGAGGCAUGCACGGUGGCCACACAUUCAAGCCUCUGGUGGAGAUCUACGAGCAGCAUGUCACCAAAGUGAAAGAUGAGGUUGCCAAACUCCGCCGCCGCCUCAUGGAGCUUAUCAGUCUGGUGCAGGAAGUGGAGAGGAAUGUAGAGGCUGUCAGGGGAGCAAAGGAUGAGAGAGUGAGAGAAAUCCGAAACGCGGUGGAAAUGAUGAUCGCUCGUCUGGACAACCAGCUGAAGAACAAACUCAUCACCCUCAUGGGCCAGAAGACGUCCUUGACCCAGGAGACAGAGCUGCUGGAGUCUCUGCUGCAGGAGGUGGAGCAUCAGCUUCACUCCUGCAGCAAAAGUGAACUCAUCUCCAAGAGCCCAGAGAUCCUGCUCAUGUUCCAGCAGGUCCAUCGGAAACCCAUGCAGUCCUUUGUCACCACGCCGGUCCCUCCAGACUUCACCAGUGAGCUGGUUCCUGCCUAUGACUCCAGCACUUUUGUUCUCAUCAACUUCAGCACCCUGAGGCAGCGGGCAGACCCAGUGUACAGCCCACCUCUACAGAUAUCUGGACUCUGCUGGAGACUCAAAGUUUACCCAGAUGGUAAUGGUGUGGUCCGGGGAAACUACCUGUCUGUAUUCUUGGAACUGUCUGCUGGACUCCCUGAAACAUCAAAGUAUGAGUAUCGAGUGGAGAUGGUCCAUCAGGCCUCCAACGACCCAACCAAAAACAUAAUUCGGGAGUUUGCCUCAGACUUUGAGGUUGGUGAAUGCUGGGGCUACAACCGCUUCUUCAGACUGGACCUUCUGGCUAGCGAGGGAUACCUGAACAUGCAGACGGACACACUGGUCCUCUGCUACCAGGUUCGCUCACCAACGUUCUUCCAGAAGUGCAGAGAUCAGUACUGGUACAUCAGCCAACUGGAAUCGGCCCAGAACGGCUAUAUCCAGCAGAUCAACAACCUUAAAGAGAGGCUGGCCAUCGAGCUGUUUCGACGUCAAACGUCGCGCAGCUCGUCCCCCCCUGACAUGAGGCUGGCUGCAGGCACCACCGCCUCUGAAAAAGACCCUCGCUCAGUGAAGAGCGACGAUGAUAUCCAGACCAUGUUGUCCAACACAAAAAAAUGUGAAGAGGAGGAGAGGACGCAGCAGGAUGAUUCUAAUGAGCUGUCGGACGGUGACUUGGAGGUGGACUGUCUGACGGAGGAGGAGGUGAACCCGCUGGAUGGCAGCAGCACCUCAGGGAGCUCCACAGCCACUAGCAACACUGAGGAGAACGACAUAGAUGAGGAGACCAUGUCUGGAGAGAAUGAUGUAGACUUCAUUGGGAACCUGGAAACAGAAGAAGGAGAACUUCCUGAUGACUUGGCUGGAGCCACAGGUAAAUUCAGUGGAUCCAGCUCUAGUGCACCUUCCCUACACCGCAGUGCUGCUGCUGGUCGCAGUGGCAGCGGAGCUGCUGCUUGUGGUGCCGUUGGGCAAGGCAGUAACAGCCUCCUGGAGAUUGACCCGGUCAUCCUGAUCCAGCUGCUGGAUCUGAAGGAGCGCAGCAGCGUUGAGUCUCUGUGGGGCCUUCAGCCUCGGCCUCCUGUGUCUCUCCUCCACAGCCAAGCUCACACUCACUCCAGGAAAGAACGAGAGCGGCGGCCUCAGGUGGUCCGACGAUCAGCUCCAGACUCGGGGGUCCUGAUUCGCCUCAAGGCUCAGAUGGCAGAGGUCCACAGCAAGAUGUCAGUCAAGAGUCAAGCUUUGGAGGCUCGGGGGGCCGUGGAGCCUAGGCCUGGCCCAUCAGGGGCUUUCAGUGUGGAGGAGGUUCCCUCUCACCACGCUGUUUCAGAGCUGUCAGCUUGUCGUAAGACCAGUGAGCUGGACCUCCUGGGGAGAGCAUCUGCUCGGGCCAGGCCCUGCCGCCCUGCCAGGAAAUCUCUCUCUCCUGUCCUGGACAGCAGUGGCUCUCUGGUUGUGAAGAGAAGGAGUCCAGAAGAGCUGGAGAAGGAGCUGAGAGGAGCAGAAGCCGCCACAGAGCUCAGCCUGCAUCCUAAAGAGGGACUGGCAGCUGCAGACGGAGUGCUGAAGGCUGACGGCCCCCAGGGCCCCGUCUUGUCUCAGGGCUGCUCCUCAUCAGAGCCGGCCUCCACCUCCAAGCAGCAGUACUCCGUAGAGCCACAGCUGUAUGGGAGCUCUGGGCCAAAAGAUGACAUCUUCUCCUUGGGAGGACCAAGCUACUUAACUGCCAGCAAGAUCUGUGGCAGCAGGACCCUGGGGGCAGCAAUGUUGGACUGUGAAUCUGAGGGCUCAGGAAAUCAGUCUUUGCUGGAGGGACCAUCUGCACAGCCACAGUCAAAGGAAGAUCAGUCUCCCUCUGUCCUGGUGGCAGCAACAAGCAGUGACAGUGACAGUGAGGACGAUGGGCUGCAGAGCAACAACUCAAGUUACGACAACCAGACUCCUCCCUGCACAGGAGAGCAGCUCAUGUCUGAUGACAUGAGUCUUCCUGCUGACAGGUGAUUCCCUCUGAGUCUGUCAGACCUGGCAACCCGCUGCUUUAUCCUCCGUAGUCCCACAGUCUUGCAACAAUGGCCGUUGACUACACACAAGCUUGUUACACAGAUUUGUAGAGUAGAGAAGAUGCUUGUUAUGCAUGAACUCAAAAUUCAUGACCAUUCAACACUAUGUUGUUUGAUCGCCUGUUCGUCCAGAAAGAGUGCAUUCGGUGGUAAAGACGGGUGGUUGAUCAACUUCACAUGGUCCAAUAAUAUCAAUGUCAUUAAUACAGUGUGAAUACAAUGAAACUGCACAUAAACACAAAGAGAGAGAGAGAGAAACCCAACAUCGCAAUUUUGCCACUUAAAAUGAUGAUAUUUCUCUCUUCACUGCUCAGCAUUUCUUGGUCGUCAACUUUCAAACACGUACACACUUUCACUUCUUUCAUUGUAUCUUCAGUAAGUGCAUCUGAGGAAAACAUGCCUGGCACAGCCGUGUAAUGACUGGAUUUCUAAUCUUAAUACUUUUAUUUUGCAAACCUGAACCUACAGGCCGUUAAGUCAGUUCUAUUAACUUUAAGUACACAUCUGUCACUUUUCUCUAUGUAUAAAUACUUUUAUUAAUCUGAGGUUUAAGUGAGUUAACUAUAGCCUGUCAAUAAGAAAUGUUAUCUGUUGAGUUCAGUCUGCUCUUCAUUCUCAACACCUACUCAACGUCCUUCAGCCAUGCCCUGCACCUCUCUGUGAUGGUGAACUUCCUUUUCUGAUGUAAACCAUAACAUUUUCCCUUUUCUGGAUAUUUAUGUAAAAGUCCUCACUCUGAAAAGCAGCACUACCAGGAAUGUCUGUCUCUGUUUGACAUUUGAAAAGGCUGAAAGAUCACAGAAGCAAGUAGAUUUGAAAACAACUACUACACACUGCUUUUUUUUCUUGCCUGAAAUUAUGAAGUAUGCUACAGACGCCAUAACAAAGUCCUGGCAGAUGUUUGGUUCAAUCUGUGUCUGCUCAGACCGUAGAUUAAUACUAGGCAGUGCUGCUCUGUGCAGCUGGAACCUUCGACCCAAGCAGAAAUACCUUGAACAGGACUCUUUCCCAGUAGGACCAGAACAGCUCUUACCAACCAACAGGGGCUCUGAUGUGUUUAAGGGAGCGAUGCCAGUGUGGUUGACUUAGCAUGUAUUCUACCAAGACCCUGAAAUUGAAGGAGCAAAGUUAGCAUUUAGCUUCGAAUCACACAGUAACACCAGUGUCUUUCCUAAUGAGACAUGUCCCUGUGCCUGAUUUGGCGUCAGUGCUGAAAAUGCACAGCAACACUUGUGUUGGGUUGCAACAAAUGAUACUUGUGAGUAAUGAUUCAUGUUUUGCUCAUUUUCUCAAGUGAGUCUUUGGUGUCAGCAAGGAGUGAAAAAAUUCUGUCAUAUUUUAUUCACAAAGUUAUUCCAUAGUGUUGAGAAUCCACAGAACACAUUGUCAACAGAUUAGAUUGGAAACACGUCAGGCCCUGAAUGAACGUGUUGAAAAUGUUUCUGUGCUGUGAGCAACACAAAUCAAAUUCCAUUUAGAUUUAUGGUAUUGCUGAAGAGGCGGACAUUUCCGAUAGAUAUAUUAAAACCAUAGCAAAUUACACAAGAACGAUCUACACGAUGAGACAUCAAUAGAGCAAGGAGUUCAUUUUUUUCACACUUUGUUAUUCAUAUUUAUUUAAACAUAAAUAAUCUGCUCUUAAAGUUGAAUCUACGGUGCAUUUAAGUCCCUUUUGUAAUUGUCUGAAGUUGAAAGCAAAGAUUUAAUAAUGUAAAUAUUGAACACGUUCUCUGCACUGAUAACUCGCACUUCCACCGGUUUGUCUUCAUUUCCAAACUCUCAAUAAAUAGAGCAAACCCAUUUGAAGUCGAAGGCAGCUGCCAAACGGUGACCACUAUCUGGAGAGAACGUUACAGAAGUUUAACAGACCCAUGUGCGCUUUGUUGAUUUGCU